AUGGGUAAAUCUCGUGGUUACAGAUCAGGUACUAGAUACGCUUUCCAAAGGGAUUUUAAAAAACAUGGUGCUAUUCCAUUAUCAACCUACUUAAAAGUUUACAAAGUUGGUGAUAUUGUUGAUAUAAAAGCCAAUGGUUCAAUUCAAAAAGGUAUGCCACACAAAUACUACCACGGUAAAACUGGUAUUGUUUACAAUGUUACCAAAUCAUCAGUUGGUGUCAUCAUUAACAAAGUUGUUGGAAACAGAUAUAUUGAAAAAAGAGUUAACUUAAGAGUUGAACAUGUUAAACAUUCAGCUUGUCGUCAAGAAUUUUUGAAUAGAGUUAAAUCAAACGCUGCUAAAAAAAGAGAAGCUAAAGCAAAUGGUGAACACGUUAACUUAAAAAGAGCUGCUGCUAAACCAAGAGAAGCUAGAGUUGUUGUUGCUACUGAAAACAUUCCUCAAACCUUAGCUCCAGUUCCAUACGAAACUUUCAUUUAA